AUGGGAAGCAUGUUUGCAUGCUGCAAGGAGGAAAAGAUGGAGAUCCGUAAAGCCGACACUCCGCAGGCGCGUGCCAAGCUGUCCGUCAAAGCUGGAGGUUUCUCCAUCGGAGCCUUUGCGGCCUCGAACAGAGGAAAGCUGGAGGAGUUCUACGAAGUUGAGAAGGAGGUCUUGGGUGAGGGCUCCUUCGGAUCUGUGCAGAAGUGUCGAUACAAGGACACCGGACAAUGGAGAGCAGUCAAGACGAUCAACAAGAAAAGAGUCAAGAAUGUCGAGAGGUUCACGGAGGAGAUGGCGAUUAUGAAGCUUCUAGAUCAUCCUAACAUUGUCCGCUUGCACGAGACGUUCGACGACGAAAGAAAUGUGUACUUGGUGUUGGAGCUAUGUUCUGGAGGAGAGCUCUUCGAUCGCAUUGUUGCAGAUGGGAAAUUCUCUGAGCAGGUCGCGGCGUAUUGCGUGCAGCAAAUGCUGCGAGCAGUGAACUACUUGCACAGCAAUUGCAUCAUGCAUUGCGACCUGAAGCCGGAGAACUGGCUACUUGCAGAAACCGAAGCCAUCCAGAACACGCAUCUGAAGAUGGUGGACUUUGGUUUAUCCAAGCGCUUCACCCCGGGUGAAUUUGCCACCACGAAGGCUGGAGCUCCCUACUACGUGGCGCCGGAGGUUCUUGCAGGUCACUACAACGAGCUGUGUGACGUGUGGAGCAUCGGGGUGAUCAUGUACAUCCUGCUGAGUGGAUCUCCGCCUUUUACGGGAAAUGACACGAUGGCCGUCCUGGAGUCGGUCAAGAGAUCCGACUUGUCGUUCGACAAGAAGGAGUGGAAGCUCAUCUCCAAGGAGGCAAAGGACAUGUUGAAGGUCCUUCUCACCAGGGACCCCUUGCAGAGGGUAAGCGCCGAAGCUGCUCUGAAAGACGAGUGGAUGACCAAACAAAUCGACACGACUCCGGCCGACAUGACGCAUGCCUCGCAGGUCGUCGUGCAGAACCUGAAGAGCUUUGCGGUGAUGAACAAGUUGAAGAAGGCAGCAUUGAAUAUCAUUGCAACGCAGCUCACGGACGAUGCAAUCAGGGAGUUGAAGGAGCUUUUCAUUGCCAUGGACGACAACAACGACGGUACGCUGAGUAUUAGCGAGUUAAAAGACGGCCUGGUCAAGGCUGGAGUGGCCGUUCCACCCGACCUCUAUGCUAUGAUGGAUCGGAUUGACACGGAUGGCAGUGGGGUGAUAGACUAUACGGAAUUCAUGGCAGCCACGCUGGACAAGCGCCAGUUCGUGGCGGAGGAAGCUUGUUGGAGGGCCUUCAAAACCUUCGAUCAAGAUGGCAGUGGUCAUAUUGACAAAGAGGAGCUGAUGAAGCUACUGGGGGGCGACAAUCAAGUCUCGGACGUGAUGCAAGUAAA